UUUUAGUUUAAAAAUUUUUAUAUACAUUAUAUCAUACUAUAUAUUCAUUAUAUCUCCUUAUACUGUUAAUGUGUUAAUGUUAUUAAUGGUUACUCAGAUCACAUGUAAAACUUUACUUAUUGUAACACUUUGUUAUACCUUUGUAUUGUUUCACGUGACACAUGCAUUUUUUUUAAGUAAUUUCAUUCUCAUUUUAUUUUACUUUCAGGAUACAUUUAAAGAAAAAACAGGCGGAUCUUACCGAUUAACAAACUCUUUUACAUUUUUAGGAAAAGAAAAUUAUAAAUUUUUAAUUUAAUAUGUUUUUUUUUUUUUUUUGAAAAGAUAUUCCCCUAGGAAAAUAUCGGUUUGUGCGGGUGCGUUAGCGUUUAUUUACAGAUUUAGUUUGAUUUUUCCAUUUAUAUAAUGUAAUUGGGUGUUACAACAUGAG